AUGAAAGCUAACACAAACGAUAUUAUAGUGCUGAUUGCAUCUGUUGCUGUGGUUUCGGCGGGGAGUCAAAGCAACAUUUUUGCAACAUCUGCACUAAGAAGCUUAAGGUUUUUACAGAUCCUGCGAAUGGUGCGCAUGGACCGCCGUGGAGGAACUUGGAAGCUUCUGGGAUCUGUAGUUUAUGCACACAGCAAGGAAUUAGUCACUGCCUGGUACAUCGGAUUCCUUGUGCUCAUCUUUUCCUCUUUCCUGGUUUAUCUGGUGGAAAAGGAGUUUAAUAAAGACUUUGCCACAUAUGCUGAUGCAUUGUGGUGGGGCACGAUCACCCUCACUACUAUUGGAUAUGGAGAUAAGACUCCUAAAACCUGGACUGGACGAAUGCUGUCUGCUGGCUUUGCCCUGCUUGGGAUCUCCUUCUUUACUCUGCCUGCGGGCAUUUUGGGUUCAGGUUUUGCCCUAAAGGUUCAAGAACAGCACAGACAGAAGCACUUUGAGAAGAGAAGGAACCCUGCAGCCUGCCUUAUACAGUGUGUGUGGCGUAGCUAUGCGGCUGAUGAGAACUCGGUUUCCGUUGCAACCUGGAAACCUCAUUUGAAGGCGUUGCAUACCUGCAGUCCUACAAAAAAGGAUCAAGGAGAGUCAUCUACAAGUCAGAAACUGAGUUUUAAGGACAGAGUAAGAAUGGCAAGCCCCCGUGGACAGAGCAUUAAAAGCAGGCAGACGUCCGUUACAGACAGACGUUCGCCCGGAGCUGAGAUCAGCACUGAUGGAUCGAGUCCUGCCAAGGUCCAGAAGAGUUGGAGUUUUAAUGACCGCACCCGAUUCAGACCCUCUCUCCGUCUCAAGAGCCAAUCACGGUCUACCACUGAAGGUGAGGCUAACAUUGGUGUCGAUGAGGGUUUUGAUGAGAAAGGGUGUCAUUGUGAUAUGUCGGCUGAGGACCUGCCAUCCGCACUGAAGACCGUCAUCAGAGCAAUGAGGAUCAUGAAAUUCCAUGUGGCAAAGAAGAAGUUUAAGGAAACUCUACGCCCAUAUGACGUGAAGGAUGUAAUAGAGCAAUAUUCAGCCGGUCACCUAGACAUGCUCUGCCGAAUUAAGAGUCUGCAAACUAGGGUGGAUCAGAUUCUUGGUAGGGGCCAGAUGCCUGUGGAUAAGAAGGUCAGAGAAAAGUUGUUAUCUGAUGGAGACAUUCUGGAAGAUGUGAGCAUGUUGGGAAGGGUGUGUAAGGUAGAGAGACAGGUACAGUCUAUUGAAGCUAAGCUGGACUCAUUACUGGACAUCUACCGGCAGGUUCUGCAGAAGGGUUCGUCCUCUGUCCUCACUCUCUCCUCUCUUCCUCCUUUUGGGUUGGAGGAGACCUCAGACUAUCAGAGCACCAUCCUCAGUAAGGAUCUCUCUUGCUCCUCCCAGGUCAGCCAGUCCAUCUGUGGCAAUCAUCCCAGGGCUCUCCAACUAAUACUAGCCCCCAGUGAACUCAACAUAAACCAGAACAACUCCACAACAUCUUCCCCUGGGCUCAAUCCAGCCUCUGCCUCGCCCUUUAACCCAUCAGCCUUCCAGGUUCCUUCAACCCCAUCCAUGGAGUGUCCAUCAGCACAAGGCAGUCCAUCUCAAAUCCUCAGCGCCAACAGCUUUCACUCCUCUGUAAGCCACUUUCCAUACGUUGGUCAACCAGCUCCACCUCUUCCACCCACAGCCUCUUCAAAACUCUCCACCUUUCCUCCACAACUAGGCCAUGCCCGCAGCAUGGGACCCUCUAGGUCAGACCCCACCGACUACGCCAAAUCCUACUUCAGAGGAGUUGGGAUAGACUUAGGACUUAACUCCAGUAUGGGCUGCAAGCUUCAGCAAAAAAACAGACCAAAUGCUAAAGAAGACAGUUCUUGGAGGAGACAUAUAAGCCUGGAUGCAGAGGUGGAGAUGGACCCCCUUGUUCCAGUUUCGACUCUUGUCCCGGUACAAGACCAAUGCAGUGAAGACAGAGGAUUGGGGAAGUCCCUCUCUGUGCAGGACCUCAUGCAGCCCGCUCUAGAGGGUCUGGACAUGCAUUCUAGUCAGGCUAGUUUCUCCACUAGUGUUAGCAGCAGCCAGGACUCUUCAGCUGGGGGCAUUGAGAUGGGGAUAGUGGGCUGGGGAGAAGCUAAUCUCUUCAUUGGCGAUAGAGACUUGGAGGUCUCAAAGACACAUACUCAAGGGUUUGACUUUCUUUCUCAGCCCCCAAUGGAUGCAUCCUACUCAUCGGAGCUGCUUAGGACCAGUACUACGGCUGGUGCUAGUCACAACCUAACACGUGGACAUUCACCCAAUACGGACAGCAACGAGACUAUGAAUAUGCCACAUGUUCGACUAAAAUAACUCAAUCUCUAAAGUGUUCUUAGAAACCCCCUCUGGUGGAAUGAAACUUUGAUACGAGACCUUAUUUUAUUUUUUAGUUCUUUUGUAUUUUUAUGAGGAAAAAGUACAUUUAGAUCAUUUUUAUACAUAUUAGUUUGGUUUAUUUAAAAGAAUCAAUUAUGAUUUUGUAUUGGUCACCAUACUUGACAUAGCAUUGCAUGCAUUGUUCUAUUUCAAAUGUACUGUAACAUUUUUUAUCUAAUAGAAUGUGGCAAAUUAAUAAUCGACCUGCUGCAAUGAUCAAAAUCAUAGAUGGCAUGAACUAUUCACUGGACUGCAUGAACACUGUAUGUCAUCCGCAUACACAAACACAUUGUCUCAUUACAAAAAGCCUUGUCAACCCGAAAUUUACAAGCUGCCUAAAAAUAGAUAAAAAUGAUCAGAACAUAUUUUUCUCUUUCUGAAUUUAUCAUAUUGUAUUACUAGGUAAUUUACUUUUAUUGUAUAAAAAAAAAAACAAUACCAGAAAGUGAAGGAAACUGAUGCUGCUGAAUUUUUUUUUUUUUAUAGUUUUGAUAAAGCAGAUUAAAUUUUGAGAGAAGCACCUGAUAGUUUCCAUACUAAAUUAGCUGCUGUUUUUGUAAUGAGUUCUGAUUACAUCGCAGCAGGAGCCCAACUUAAUAUCCUACCCGUUAGUUUUGUGAAUAUAAAUUAUUAUUAACAACAAUAAAAUAAUAGAAAUUA